AUCAGCUAUUUGAAUUCCUGGUGUUGCCAUCACUAAUUGCCACAAUUUGAUGAAAAUAAAUAGCUUUUCUUGUAUUAACAAUGGACAUCGCCCAAGUCUGCCGCAUUUGCGCGAACAAAAUCAAGGACCAAAAACGAGAUCGUAACAUAUUCAAGUACAUGCGUGGCAAGCUCCUGGUCAAAUUGAAGCUGAUUACUGGAGUAGAGCUUACAACCAACGAGGGACUCCCCGAGUUCGUUUGCGAGCGCUGCUUUUCUGAGCUAGACCUGGCCACCAAGUUCCGCGAGCGCUGCAUCUUCUCGCAAAAGUAUCUGCUAGACAUGAAGAAGAAGUCGAAAGGUUUGGUCGUUGUCGACAACGACGUUGACCCCCAGCCGCUGGACGAGCAAUUGAUCGAUGCGGACCAGUUUGAGGCUGAUUACGACGAGGAUUAUAUGAUCUACGACAGAACGAAGGAGGAAGAUAGCAUAGACCAGUACCAACCGGAGAUCGACCCCGAGGUCUCGAUAUUGGAGACCGUAGAGGAGGCUCAAGAUGCAGAUAUUGAGGAUCAGCAGCUAGAAAGAGCCUCUAAGCGACGUAGGAACUUCUUCAUCUGCGACGAGUGCGGCCAGCUGUUUCACGAUGAGUACUCGUACAACGAGCACCUGGACGGGCACCUAGACCGCCGGGAGAUGAAGAAGUUCUUCCCCUGCACUGAGUGUCCCGAGACUUUCAAGAAAAAGUCGCUUCUAAAGCAGCACCGCGAACUGUACCACGAAUCUCUACGCCAGUUUAAGUGCCGCUUCUGUGGCGAUGUUUUCUCAGCUCAGGGAGCCAGGCAGCGGCACGAAAAAGCCCAUGAAAACGAACGACCAUAUCCAUGUUUGGAAUGUGGAAUGAAGUUCAGUAGCGUCAUCGAAUUGAAAGACCACUGCCUCACUCACCCUGAGGAAAAAAGGAAAUAUUGGUGUGAGCCCUGCAGUCUGGAUUUUAUAAGUCGAAAGGCUCUGCUGGCACACAGAAAAACACAGCCGCACAAGCGCUUGGAAAGACUUAUGAAGGAUGAAAUCGAUCUGAUCUUUGACAGCUGAACGAAUCGAAAGGCUCUGCUGGCACACAGAAAAACACAGCCGCACAAGCGCUUGGAAAGACUUAUGAAGGAUGAAAUCGAUAUGAUCUUUGACAGCUGAACGAAUCGUUUCUCUUCCCACUUAUUAUUAUCCAUUUUUACUAUUAUAUUAAUUGGUACCUAUGGGCUAUCAUCAGAGGAAGACAUUUUAUUUAUAUUACGUUUGUUUGUUUUAUGUUUAAAAAAAACAUAACAGGUUAUUCUGCAUUGAAUUCCUUACAAAUGCUCUCAAGAAAAUAAGAGAAAUAAAAUAAGAAGUCUAAGUA